AUGUGUCCCCCGAGCGCGCGAGCGGGACUCUCCUUGCGGCUGCUGCUGCUGCUGGCGGCCGGCUGCCUCCUCGCGGAGGCCCGGAGAGACAAGGGGGCAGCGGGCAGCCCGCUGCAAUCGUCCUCCAGCCCGGGGGCGGGCGGUUCCUCGGGUCGCUUCGUGAGCCCGGAGCAACACGCGUGCAGCUGGCAGCUCCUGCUGCCGGGCCCCGGAGCCAAAGCCAGCAGCGAGCUGGCUCUGCGCUGCCAGGGCCCGGACGGGGCGCGCCAGCAAUGCGCCUUCCGCGGGGAGCCCGAGCGCUGCGCCGCCUACGGAGCCCGCCGCCCGCACUUCUGGAAGCAGGUGAUGGGCGCGCUGCGCAAGAGGGGGCGGCCUUGCCUCGACCCCACUCCCCUCCACGCCCGCGUGUGCGCCGGAAAGAAGGGCCGGGGUGCCGAGCUGCGCCUGGUCACCCGCUCCACCCCGCCCGCCGGCCUCACUACCGCAAUCCCGCGCCUGCCCGGGGAGCCCAGGCUCAAGGCCAGGAGCCGGGGGCGACCCCGGCAGCUCGCUCCCGGCCCCGACGCCCCGGCCCCGCCUUCCCCGAGCGUGCCACCCCGAGAAAAACCUUCCGAGCGGAAGAUCAAAGGGGGCAAGAGGAAGAUGGCCUCGGAUCCCGGGCAGGAGCGACCCAUGGCCACGGGGCCCGACCCCGAUGGGCUGGCGGAGAACGCCGAGCUCACCCAGACCUACUGCGCCGAGAAGUGGCACUCGCUCUGCAACUUUUUUGUCAAUUUUUGGAACGGUUGAGGCUG